GCCCCUCACGAACAGGCUGACAUUGGAGCUGGACAAAGAGGGAUGUAGUGACACGUGGCAAGAGGGCAAGCCAAUAGAACCUUAUCUCCUCGUCAAAAAUGCGAUCUCCCCGUCAUCCAUUCCUCCCCGUUAUCCAAUAUCCACAACCGCCCAAUUAUUUCCUUACCUGCGCUGGCUCACACACACCCCCGACGAAAACUGAUCAGCAAGCGAUACAUCAUAAAGAAGAAGAUCAAAGCAAAAGGUGUAGUCAUUAGAUCCAGCACGUGCUAUACGUACUGAUUAUGGCAUCCACUGCAUGUUUGUUGCACCACCAUGCAAUUGGUAUCAGACACUCCUCCUCCUGCUCCUCGUCGCACCGCCAGCAGCCGCAGCAGCAAGUAGUACUGGCGGCCAUCAAGCCCCCCCAUCGCCACCAGCAGCUCAUUCUCUCCCGCGCCAUCCAGAAUAAGCAGCAGGCCGUCGCCGUCCAUCCUGAAGACGACGGCAACGCCACCAUCUCUCGCCGCUUGGCUCUCACCGUCCUCAUUGGUGCUGCCGCCGUUGGCUCCAAGGUUUCCCCCGCCGAUGCUGCCUACGGAGAAACUGGUAUAUCUGCAUACGUUGAUAUAUAUUUUAAUUAGUUUGGAUAAAUUACACUGUCUAAAUGCAGUUUGUUUACUUUCUAAAAUUCUAAUAUAACUUUUUUACAUGUAUAAUUUUUAAAUUUAAGCUUCGAUGGAAUGUCUUAGUGAGGAUAUACUCCAUAAAUUGGGAAAGAGAGAGAGAGAAGGAGAAGGAGAAUCUCUUAAUUAACAAGAGGGAUGCAUGUAAUUAAGAAUGCCCCUGCACCAGUGUGUGGGAGAGAGAAAAAUUAAACCAUUUCAGUUCCAUUAAUUAAUCCACGGAAAAGCAUUGUGUUGAAAAUGACUUCGUAUCUCCACGCGUGGUAUGUAGGUAUGUAGGCAUAAGCCUGCAUCAUUUUACAACGGAAGUGCUAGCCUUGAAUCAUUUUCCAUCUCCUGCUGUGGCACUUGUUGCUAGCUUUGAUCCGCCAAUUAAUAAUGGUAGCUAGUAUACAUAUAUCAACCUAUAUUUUAAAUUGUAAAUGGUGAUGAAAUUAAUUAAUGGACAGCAAAUAUUUUUGGGAAGCCCAAGACGAACACGGACUUCUUGCCAUACAACGGGGAAGGAUUCAAGCUGUCGAUACCAUCAAAAUGGAACCCAAGCAAGGAGAGGGAAUUCCCAGGUCAGGUUCUGAGGUACGAGGACAACUUCGAUUCCAAUAGCAAUGUCUCCGUCAUGGUCACCCCUACCGAUAAGAAGUCCAUAACCGAUUAUGGCUCCCCUGAGGAGUUCCUAUCUAAAGUAGACUACUUGCUAGGAAGACAAGUAUACUCUGGCAAGACUGAAGCUGAGGGCGGGUUUGACAAGAACGUGGUGGCAACGGCGAACAUAUUGGAAAGCGCAACGCCGGUAGUGGGAGGGAAGCAGUACUACUUCGUGUCGGUGCUGACGAGAACUGCGGACGGAGAUGAAGGGGGGAAACACCAACUGAUAACAGCCACGGUGGCGGAUGGGAAGCUCUUCAUUUGCAAGGCGCAAGCCGGGGACAAGAGAUGGUUUAAGGGAGCGAGGAGGUUUGUGGAGAGCACUGCAGAUUCUUUCAGCGUUGCCUAGCUCACCAUACCUCAUCCUUUCAUUUGUACUACUUCUUCAUCUAUGUUCCCUAGUUUUAUACAUCUAUAUAUUAUAUAUAUACAUAUCAAUUGCGACUUUAAGCUGUUACACUUUGGUCAA